AACACGGUCACUUUAGUUUCCCAAGCUAAAAAAGUUUAAAGUAAGUUCGUAGCACAACAAAGAAGAAGGGCAGCUAAAUAAUAUGAGUGAGACAGGCUUAGCGACGCAAAAUAAUGGCACCGUGGAAAAUGUGAACUGCUUCGACAUCCUGAGAGUGUCCACGCUCUUUGAGAGCAGUCUCCUGGAGGAGGAUGACGUCCAAAUGGACGCCUACUUGGCAGCCUACGAGGAAAUAAUGAAAUUCUUCCAGCUGAUGGGCAGUGUCUUUAGCUUUGUCAGCAGCGAUGUGCGCAGCAAAAUAGAUAUACUGUACGCCCUGAGGGCCAAGGAUACGGAGGAGCUGGAACACUUCAACUCCUUCAGGACCAUGUUGGAGUACGAGAAGGAGGCCCAGCUGCUCAACCAGAAAGGAUACGUGUCCGGUAGUCGCACUCUGCUACGACUUCACCGCGGGUUGGACUUCGUCUACGAGUUUCUCAAUCGGAUCCAAGCGAUACCCGACGACCAGAAGACCGUGGACGUAUGCAAAGGGGCCUACGAUGACACCCUAGGCAAACAUCACUCGUUCCUCAUCCGGAAAGGAGCUCGCCUGGCCAUGUAUGCCAUGCCCACGAGAGGUGACCUGCUAAAAAGGGUAUGCCCCGACGUCGAGGUGGCCAAGGAGAACCUGCCGACCAUGCUGGAGCACAUGCGAACCAACUACGACCGGACGGAACAGCUCUACACUCUCCACGACCUUCACAGCCUGCCUUAGAAUCUACCAAGUAUCCGGGGUACUCCAGAGAUCUGAUAAAGUGUGCAAAAGUCAAUGGUAAAUCAUAAAUCUGUUAUGAAUUAUUGUAUCGGAUCUAGUGGACUAUCCCAACCUAGUUUAUGUAGCUGAAAUUGUCUGUGUUGAGUGCAACUGCAAGUAUUUGUUUCCCAAAAUCCUGUAAGUUUUAAUAUAGCAUUUUAAAUUGCCUGCAAA